AGGGUGCUGGUGUUUUCAUAACACAUUAAAAGAGAACCGAAAAACACAUUCCACCCUGACUGCAGCUCUGCCAGGAAACGACUCGGUGCGUUGGAGCGCAGCAUAGUGGGAGGCUCAGCAGAGAACGCACACGGGAUAACAGCGGCUACAGACUCGAGCACAGCAGCCUGCGGGAUGGACGGUCUCUACGACAUCCCGCGUUCCAUCAAACUAGAGCUCAAUGAGAAUUUUGACUACUCCGUACCAACAAGCUUCGCGAUAUAUGAAAACCACGCGUGCAGUAGCACAUCCGCAGACAGCCUGAGGCACUUUGGCACCACUCUCUGCAUGGUGGUUUACUCCAUUGCGUUUAUCUUGGGCACCACUGGCAACAUGCUGGUGCUGGUCAUCCUGCUGCGGAACAGGCGCUGCCUGCGCAUCACAGAAAACUAUCUGCUGCACCUGGCCCUGGCAGACCUCUUUCUCGCCCUGACGCUGCCUCUCAAGCUAGUGGAGAUUACGCGUGGCUGGGUGUUUGGCAAUUUUAUGUGCACACUGGUGAGCAUCAUGCACAAAGUGAACUUCCACUGCGGGAGUAUCCUCCUUGGAUGCAUCGGGUUCGACCGUUACCUGGCCAUCGUGCACGCUGUGCACAGCCUUCGCCUCCGUCGCGUCCAGGUUGUCCAUAUCAUCUGUGGUGUCAUCUGGUUCCUCUGUCUGUUCAUCUCCUUGCCGGAUGCUGUGUUUCUGUCUGUGAACAAAGGUGUUGACUUCAACAGCAGCUUCCUGUACUGCAACUUUGCCAGCUACCCUGACCUUGGCAGCUACUGGCACCUGAUCAGCCGCUUCCUCGCCAAUGUGCUUGGCUUCUUCUUACCCUUGGCCUUCAUGACAUACUGCUAUCUGGCUAUUGUGACAACCCUGUGUCGGACACAGCAAAGCCUGGAGAAACAUCGAGCGAUCCGGGUGGCUCUUCUGGUGACAGGUUUCUUCUGCAUCUGCUGGGUGCCUUAUAAUGUGACUAUUUUUCUGGACACCCUGUACAGGCUGGAUGUUCUGAAGGACAACAGCUGCGAGGAAAUAGAUGGCCGGAAUCACGCACUCAUCAUCACAGAGGGCAUCGGCUAUCUGCACUGCUUCCUCAACCCCAUCCUCUACGCCUUCGUAGGUGUCAAGUUUCGACAUGAUGUGCUGCGGAUGCUCAGAGACUUGGGUUGCCUGGACAAAGAUACCUUUAAGGAUCUCAAGCUGGGGGACAGACGCCGCAUAUCCUUCUCCGAGGGCAUCACCACCAGUGGCACAAGCUUCUAAGAUUAUCUGCCAGGUCCAAAACCGGCUGCUGGAGAGCCGUGGACCAUCUUCAUGGAUCUGUUAUAUGCUCUCCUCUGCUGUACUCCUUCAGAAGCAGCCAAGUUGUGCCAAAAUGAACCAUUGCCAGAAAACAGCCAUGGCCUGCACACCCUCCUAUGCUAAAUGCCAGUCACAUCCAGAUUUCUGGUUUCCAGUUCGUGCCAAGCUUUCCCACUGUGUCAAUAACAGUUCUGCAGGACUGCCCUACUCUCAUUUUAUGCCAGCUGUCCCAAAGCCUAUUAUGCCCAUCCUCUCAUCUCUCAGCUCGGUGUCCAUCUAUGCUAAAUCCAGUUAGGUCUCUGUCUGCCAGCUUUGCUCUGUAAAUUCCUGGCUCAAAACAAAUGGCAGUACCCAGCGAGUCCCAGAAUGCUGAGCAUUUAUAGCACCUUUCACUUGUUUUAAUUUUUAUUUUUUUGAUACUAUAAAUUGUGAA